CCUGGGAGCGCUGUGUCUUGUGGGUGGAAGCGCGCUGACUGGGUUUUGGCGUUUCGCGCAACGCUGCGGUAGGGAGAGCUGGAGCUGACGCUGGGACACUUGAAUUAGCUUUAGCAAAAGAGAGAUGGAGGAGCCAUAGAACAUUAAAGGAUGAAUUCAGGAAGACCCGAGACCAUGGAGAACUUGCCUGCUCUCUACACUAUUUUCCAAGGAGAGGUUGCUAUGGUGACAGACUAUGGAGCCUUUAUCAAAAUCCCAGGCUGUCGGAAGCAAGGUCUGGUCCAUCGAACUCACAUGUCAUCCUGUCGUGUGGAUAAGCCCUCUGAGAUAGUGGAUGUUGGAGACAAAGUGUGGGUGAAGCUUAUAGGCCGAGAGAUGAAAAAUGAUAGGAUUAAAGUAUCCCUCUCCAUGAAAGUUGUCAACCAAGGGACUGGGAAAGACCUCGACCCCAACAACGUUAUCAUUGAGCAAGAAGAGAGGCGGAGGCGGUCCUUCCAGGAUUACACUGGGCAGAAGAUCACCCUCGAGGCUGUCUUGAACACCACCUGCAAGAAGUGUGGCUGUAAAGGCCACUUUGCAAAAGACUGUUUCAUGCAACCAGGUGGGACCAAAUACUCUCUGAUACCUGAUGAAGAAGAGGAGAAGGAAGAGGCAAAGGCAGCAGAGUUUGAAAAGCCUGAUCCCACAAAGAAUUCUUCUAGAAAAAGAAAGAAGGAAAAGAAGAAAAAGAAACAUAGAGACCGGAAGUCAUCUGACUCUGACAGCUCAGACUCUGAGAGUGAUACAGGCAAGAGGGCGAGGCACACAUCGAAAGACAGCAAGGCAGCAAAGAAGAAGAAAAAGAAGAAGAAGCACAAGAAGAAGCACAAGGAGUGAGCGUGCAAAGAGCAGAGGGGGUGGUUGAGAGAAGGAACCAGGAACCUCGUGCUGUGCAGCCCCGGCUCCUAGAAAGACUCAAUAGUGAGAAUAUGGCCUCCCACCCCAUUAUGCCUCUCCCAUGGGAGACGGCUUCCCUUCAGGCAGCAGGCAGGUUUGGGAGUUAGAUGUCAAAAGCAUCUGCGUGAAUGAGUUGUUUCCUUAUCACUCCUGGUCCCUUUGCAAGUGACCCCUGCAGCUCACCUGUUCAUUCACCCACUUCAUUCAGCAGGAGGUCCCGUUACCCUCUCCAGCUGCCACUGCCAGUGCCUGAUUCCUGCCUAGGAGUCCAGGUUAGAGCCACAGUUACUGCUGUGGGGGUGAGCCUGACUGUAGUUGAACAGUGACUGGCCCCUCCCUGUUGGUUUGCCCUGGGCUGGUUGGUGGGUGUUCUCUGCUGCAUCCAACACAGGGACAGAGGAGGGGAGACUUGCUGUAUGAGGGAGAACGUGGUAAGAAGUGGUGCUCACUUUUUCCAUUCCCCCUAACAUGAUUCUGCUAUGCUACAAGUGACAGCCAGUGGUCACAGCCAGAAAACCGUUGUUUGCAGUGACUGAGCUUGUGUGUGACAUUCCACCAGACCACCGAACCGUACAGCUCAAGCCAAGAUCAUUGCUUUACUUUGUAUCUGCUACCGUGUGUGUCCGUUGGUUUUACUUCAGGUUUCUGCUUAAAUUCCUGGCACUAAAUGGAAGUGUGUUUGGCUUUAAACUUA